AUGUCUGAUGUCCCUCUUACACCACCACGGAGAAGUAAAAAACACUCCACUUUCACCACGCCAAAUCAGUAUGCCUUGCUUACUCCAGCAACAAGCACAAAAAAACCAAAGAAUUUUGCACACACCAGUGGAAGUGCCAACAGACUAUCGCUAGUUACGCCAAACACUCCACAGAAGUCUCCAUCCAAGUUUGGCAUCCACAGGAAAAGGAAUCUCAAUGAUAUAUUUACUGAAUCAAAUACACUUGCUAGCGAGAAAUUGCCAAUGGGGCUAUUUCUACCCUCGCCUCAUAUAGUUGGCUCGGGGAGAAAUGGCAAGCAUUUGCCUGUUACAAAUAGAACUGAAGUCAGGGAGACUCCUUCGACCCCAACCAAACAGGUAAUAGAUGAGGAUACGGUGAGGCAGUGGCAUGACAACAGUGAUGAUAAUGAUGAGGAAGAAGAAGAAGUCGAGGUUACGACUUGGGAGGAAACGCAAAAGAUCCCAAAGGCAAAGUUGCCAAAUCCAUUUUUGACCAGCACUGACAGUAGCUUCAAGGAAGACAAAAAGGAGGAGUUUACAUUGGGCAACUUGUCCAAUCCAUUUUUAGACAAUAAGGAGACUAAGGGGGAAGAAGGAAUCGAUUACAAUACUCAUAUGGAAUUGAUCAAUAAUAAAACAGGGCAACGAAAAGUGGUGAAAUUAACCAAAAAUCAGAUGAAGAUAAAGCCAAAGAAGUUGUCGUUUGAGGGGAUGUAG